AUGGGAGAACCUUCGUAUGUGGAUGAAUCUUUGCUGAAAACUAUCCGUGUUCUUGGCAAAGGAGCUUAUGGCUCCGUCUCUUUGAUGGUGCAUCCCCGCGACGGACUUUACGCGAAGAAGACAUCUUCCAUUCAAUUUAAGGAGAAUCUUGAAAAGGAGCUUAGGGUCAUGCUUCGCUUUCGCAACCAUCCUCGCAUCGUCCAAGCCUCAAGCGAUCACGUUCACUUAGUAACCGAACAUCCAAGUUGCUACAUCUACAUGGAGUACGCCUGCGAAGGGACUCUCGACAAGUUCAUCUCUGGUUUCCGUGGGAAACCACUUCCUGAGUUUAUGAUCCAAAGCGCCGUUCGUAUGAUCCUACAAGGACUCGAGGCUCUUCACUCCAAUGGCUACGUCCACUGCGACAUCAAGCCAGCAAACGUCCUCAUCUUCCCUUCCGAAACUCCUGGAGAGCCAUGGGAUCUCAAGCUAUGUGACUUCGGUUCAUGCAAGGAACCAAAUACCGAUCCUGCCCCUCUCGAUGGUUGCACGGUUGUCAACAUGGCACCAGAGUCUUUUAAAUUUGGGCCAAAGGGUCAGAUCGAGGCGUGUUUUGACAUAUGGGGUUUAGGGUGUAUCGCUUAUGAGAUGUUUGGAGGUAGACCCCAGCAGGAGUUUCUGGAAGAUUACUACGAGUGGAAUCUGACUGAAGAAGUCUCUCCCGUGGCUAAGGACUUUUUGAGUCUGUGCCAUGCAAUUCCAUCACGCAGGCCCACCGUGGCUCAGCUCUUGAACCAUCCUUUCGUCACACAAAGCCUCGAUGCUCCAUCGCCAAUGCCUGACUACAUUACAAUAAGAAGAUUGGCCAACGCUUCCAGAAUCCCUCCGGUGAUCAAAUAG